AUGGCCACCAUCUCGUCCACCGACCUCAAGACCAGUCUCGGCGCACUAUGCAUCGGCAGUCUGGUCGCAGUCUUCCUGACUGGUGUCGUCAGCAUGCAAGCUAUGCUGUACUUCCGACACUUCUCUCGGGACGCAUUUCCGCAAAGCUCAAGUGUCCUUGACCUUGUCCACACGGUCAUGAUCGCCGUGGCGGCAUACACGUAUUUCGUCGACAAUUUCGGGAACGAAAAUAUCACAGAUCGUGCGUUUUGGGCGGUCGGUAUCUCCAUUGCGCUGACCGCGGUGCUGACUGCCCAAGUCCACUUCUUUUUCGUAUACCGAUUGUUCAGACUGAGCAAAGGCAACUAUUUCAUCACGGUGCCAAUAGCAGUGCUCGCUACCGCACGUGUCGGAGCUGCUUUCGUAACAACAGUGAAGCUGAUCGAAAUCGAAAGUUUCUCACAAUUCGCGGGGACCUUUCGAUGGGUGUUCACCCUGGGACUCGUUCUCUCCUGCGCCGUCGACUUCCUGAUCACCGGCUCGCUCUGUUUCUACCUGCGCCGCAACCGCACCGGGUCCGGCAGAUUUGAUCACGUCCUCGACUCCGUCACGCUCUACACGGUCGAGAAUGGCUUGCUUACCUCACUCACGACGCUCGUCUCGCUCAUCUUUUGGCUGGCACGGCCGCAUGUGCUCAUCUAUCUCGGUCUGCACUUCGCAAUCAGCAAGCUCUACGCCAACUCGUUCCUCGCCUCGAUGAACGCGCGCAAAACGCUGCUCGCGCAGUCGCAGUCAACCUCGGGCAGCAACCACGUGCUGCCGGUGAUCUUCACGGGCCGCACGCAGCGCCUACAGGCAAGCAGCCCGUUCCAGGCGACGGUGCAGAUCACUGUGGACAAAACAGUCGACUACGACGGUGCAGGCGACUACGAUGUUGUAGGCGACCACGGCACGCGGAGCGCGAUCGAGGAAACAAAACGACCGCGCGCGAACUCGGCGGAGUCCGUAUGA